UUAUUUUCAGAGUGGUCAGAGUCUUCCCAGACUCCAAGACUUGUCUGCUGAACCAAAAACUUCAGAUGUUGAACUGCUGUGUGGAGACUAAGACGAAACGUGAAAAUGCUUUAUUGUCUUCUAGCACAGAUGAUUUACUUACAGAUGAUUCUGAAGAUGAUGAGGAGGAGUUUUUCGACUGUGAGGCUGAGGCAGAGGAGUUUAUGGCAGCAGGAGAUGUGCCACAUAGGCGCAGACCGAAGCAUUCUCUGUGGAACAAACCUGUUGGCCGCUAUAAGCGCUGUGAGAACCUGCGACUUCUGCAGACUGGAGAGUACUUGUAUAUUCCAGUCACUCAGGACCCUACACCCAAGACGGAAGACCAGUUGGAGGAAGAUGAGAGAGUGAUGCUGCAGCUCGGCACGGACGCGCAAGGCAUGGAGCUGCGGACUCGAAUGAUGAGCGCCUCAUUACUCUCUGAUAUGGAGUCUUUUAAGGCUGCCAAUCCUGGUGCUGAACUGGAAGACUUCAUUCGAUGGUAUUCUCCACGUGACUGGGUAGAAGAAGAAGAGGUCGACGAGUUUAAUCAGAAAAAAGGGCAUCUUAGUCCUAGAAUGCAACUCCCUGGGAACAUGUGGGUGGAGGUAUGGACAGCCGCCAAGCCAGUGCCUGCGAGACGACAGAAGAGGUUGUUUGAUGAUACGAGGGAGGCGGAGAAGGUGCUGCACUAUCUGGAGGCCAAGCAGCCACGUGAGGUGGCGUUAAUGCUGGUGUCGACGCUGACACAUGCCUCAGUGGCAACUCUGGCUCACCACGCAGCACCCAUCGAGGUGCCGGGGCUGGAACCGGCUGUGCGCCACAUUGCGGGCAAGGCUGAACUGCUGUCUCGUGCGCCAAUAUCAGAUAUGCGUAGAUACGAGGAGCUGGCCAUGGAGCUUGCGUGGGCGGAGUGUGUCGUAGCUCAGGUGGCCUCGCUGGAACACAAGCUGUGUCCUGGUGCUGGUCAGACUCAGGAGAUGAGAAAGUUCCUCGCGGCUCUGGUCACGCAGCCUGAAGCUCUGGUGCCGGGAGGUCCACGGGGAGACAUAGCUUCCCGCAUCCGAGCCAUGUUUUCUGAGGCCCAUAAGGCUUCCCAGAUGAUAUCGGACAACGACCCUUCAUCGCACAUCACGACUGAACCGUGGAGUCCCAUCUCGUCUUCGGUAUUCCCUCCAGCUUCGGAGCGCGAGUUUAUUCUCAGAGUGUUGGCUCCUCGGCCUGCUCCGACUUCCCUCAUCACCCCACACCGUCUUUCUGUCCGCUUGCGCAAAGAUGAGAUCAUAAUGGCCGGCUGCUUCUCGCAAGAUACUACAUUCCAGUAGAUUUGUCCUCGGCACUCGUUAAGUUUGCUCAUUUUAUACGAUAAUUUGUUGGAAUUUAUCUAAUAAAGUAUAUUGGCUUGGUUG